GAUUUGCCCUCCGGGCUGCGCACGUUAUAACGGUACGCCCAAUUUCCUGCAGCAGCAAUGAGUGAGCGGCCCUCCAAAAUUAGAAAACCUAAAUCCCCAAAACGUAAUGGUAAUGCCCAAUCCUCAAUGGCGCGAAAAUCUUCUAUUCUCAAACAAACCCUAGUUUUUUCUGCUUUCUCUAUCCUCGCCAUCUACGCCCUCUUCAACACUUUCUUCAAUCCCACCACUUCCCCUUCCACCUCCUUAUUCGACGAACAUUUUUCUCCAGACAGCUUUGGCUUUUCCGGUAAAGUGACGGAAAAUGAUGCCCAGAAGGUUAAGAUUUUCAUGUAUGAUCUGCCUAAAAAAUUCACUGCGGGCAUAAUUGAGCAACACGCGCUCGCGCGUGGUUCUAAAGAUGCGUCGCAGGCUAGGUACCCCGGCCACCAGCACAUGGGCGAAUGGUACUUGUUCUCGGAUCUGAACCGACCCGAAGUGGAUAGGAUCGGGUCACCUGUAAUAAAAGUCGAUGAUCCUGAUGAAGCUGACUUGUUUUAUGUUCCCGUGUUUUCAUCUCUGAGCUUGAUAGUGAAUCCGAUUCGAUCGGCGGGAACUGAGCCGGUGUCGGUUCAGCAGUACAGUGACGAGCAUAUGCAGGAGCAGUUGGUGGAGUGGCUGGAGCAGCAAGAGCACUGGAGGAGGAACGGUGGGAGAGACCACGUAAUCAUAGCGGGAGAUCCAAAUGCGUUAUACCGGGUCCUAUACCGGGUCAAGAACGCAAUUCUGUUAUUGUCGGAUUUUGGACGGGUUAGACCCGACCAGGGUUCACUGGUGAAGGAUGUGAUCAUACCUUACUCUCAUAGAAUCAAUACUUACAAUGGGGAUAUUGGCGUUAAGGAUCGGAAAACGCUCUUGUUUUUUAUGGGAAAUCGAUAUCGUAAAGACGGAGGCAAAAUUCGUGAUUUGCUUUUCCAAAUGUUAGAAAAUGAAGAGGAUGUCAUAAUAAAACAUGGAACACAAUCUAGGGAGAAUCGGCGUGCAGCUUCACGUGGCAUGCAUACGUCAAAAUUUUGUUUGAAUCCUGCUGGUGAUACUCCAUCAGCUUGCCGACUCUUUGAUGCUAUUGUUAGCUUGUGUGUUCCAGUAAUAGUCAGUGAUAGCAUUGAGUUACCUUUUGAAUAUGUUAUAGACUACACAAAGAUUGCAAUCUUUAUAGGAACAAAAGCUUCUCUAAAGCCAGGAUAUUUAGUUAAAAUGCUAAGAGAAGUAACCACAGAGAGGAUUCUGGAAUAUCAGAAAGAGCUGAAAGAGGUGAGACGAUAUUUUGAAUAUGGCAAUUCAAAUGGAACUGUGAAUGAAAUAUGGCGUGAAGUUGUGCAGAAGCUACCUCUCAUAAGACUAAUGAUUAAUCGUGACAAAAGGCUUGUCAAGAGGGAGUCGAGUGAACCAGAUUGUUCUUGUUUAUGUACAAAUCAAACUGGGCUUACCAGCUUCCUGUGAUCCCUACUUUGUCUGUGAUUUGAGAAUUUGGUACUUGCAGAUCUUAGUACACUCUCCAUAUAUCUAUGUAAGAGAAGACACUUUCCUGGGAAUCGAAGAACCAGAAAUUAUUGCAUAGUUCUCAUUUAGUCCAAGUCAGGAGGUGCUCUGGCCCCUUCAGUAGGUGGGUUUUAGCCCCUCACCUAGUGAUGAAAUCGUCUCUACAAUGUUUUCUUGCAUACUUUCUUGUUGUAGAUUUCUCCUUUUUUAUCCUUUAGCUUGCUUAUUUUGUAUGCUGUAAUAUAAAGCACAUAAUUUAGCAGCUGCAAAAUUCAACUGCUGUUGUCGUUUUAAUUCAUUUGUACAUGUUAGAAAAAUAAAAUUAUUUGAGUUAUAAUUAAUUCUUUUAUUUAGGUA